GGCGUCGCCGGUGGCGCGGGAGUUGCUUCCGGGUUGCGUGCCCGGAAGCAGGAAGUUGUCGGCUUACCCUCCUCGCCGGGUGGCUGCUGUCCCCGCGGCAGGAGGAGCCCGAGAGGGCGCGGGCCCCGCAUGGAUUUUGUAUUGGAAGACAUGGAUCUCGCCGCCAGUGAGCUCAGCAUUUAUGACAAACUUUCAGAGACUGUUGAUUUGGUGAGACAAACAGGCCAUCAGUGUGGCAUGUCCGAGAAGGCAAUUGAAAAAUUUAUCCGACAGCUCCUGGAAAAGAAUGAACCUCAGAGGGGGCCACCCCAGUAUCCUCUCCUGAUAGCUAUGUAUAAGGUCCUUGUAACCCUGGGAUUAAUCUUGCUCACUGCCUACUUUGUGAUUCAACCUUUCAGCCCAUUACCACCUGAACCAGUGCUUUCUGGAGCUCACACCUGGCGCUCACUCAUCCAUCACAUCCGGCUGAUGUCCUUGCCCAUUACCAGGAAGUAUAUGCCAGAAAACAAGGGAAUUCCUCUGCAUGGGGGUGAUGAAGACAGACCCUUUCCAGAUUUUGACCCUUGGUGGACAAACAGCUGUGAGCGGAAUGAGUCGGACCCUGUCCCUGCCAACUGCACUGGCUGUGCCCAGAAAUUACCCCUCAAGGUAAUGCUCUUGGAAGAUACCCCAAAGAAAUUUGAGAGACUCCAUCCUCUGAUGAUCAAGACCGGACAGCUCUUGUUGUCCAAGGAGCUUCAGCAUCUUCUGUGCCAGUACCCUGAGGUCACGGAAGGUUUCAGCGAAGGGUUUUUCACCAAGUGGUGGCGCUGCUUUCCCGACCGGUGGUUCCCAUUUCCUUAUCCGUGGAGAAGACCUCUAAAUAGAGCACGCAUUUUACGUGAGCUUUUUCCUGUUUUCACCUACCUGCCAUUUCCAAAAGAUGCCUCCUUAAAAAAGUGCUUCCUUCUUCAACCGGAACCUAUUGUGGGUAGUAAGAUGUAUAGGAUGCAUGACCUGUUCAUCGUUGGCAGCGGUGAGGCCAUGUUGCAGCUCAUUCCUCCUGCCCAGUGCCGAAGACACUGCCAGUCGGUAGCAAUGCCCCUAGAGCCAGGGGAUAUUGGUUAUGCCGGUGCCACACACUGGAAGGUCUACGUGAUAGCCAGAGGGGUCCAGCCUUUGGUCAUCUGUGAUGGAACCACCCUCUCAGAACUAUAGGAAACAAGAACUGGACAGAGGAACAACUUCGAGAGCUGAAGAUCAGAUUGAAAGGGGAGAAAUAAAAACGAUGAAACCACUUUCCAAGGUCACUUAGUUACCUGCCCUGUGCAUGCGUGUAUGAGCCAACCAUAUGCUGGAGGCCAUGGCCAGAGCCUGGCCCUCCCGACUCUUCCAGCCUAGUUGCUUGGCCAAGACUUUGCCAGUACCUACCUGUGAGGGAUUGGGCUCUUCUAUCUUCCACACCUUUUGGAACCGCAGCCUCGAGGCUGCCCCUCAAGCAGGAAAAAGGAUUGGUGCCUUCCCUUACUUGCAUGGCAUGAUCCCUUCUGCUGGCUCCCUGGCCACAGAGAGGGCAGCCUGCAGGUCCAGACUUCAGAGCCGUCCCUCACUAGGUGGUCCUGCUUGUCCUUUCUUCCUGGCCACACCACCCUGUACUUCUGUUGAAAGCCAUGGCUGAUUAAAGAAGUCAUUGCAGUUUCCCCAGCAGCACAGAAUCUAGAAUCCGUGAAACAGGAUUAAGUAAUCUCAUUGCACUCAAGAAAAGCACCGCUUUCCCAGUGUCCAUGACUCUUGGAGUUUCAGUGAUGCCAGGUUGGAGUGUGAUUAUAAUUGAAAUGGUAAUUCCUAAGGUAAUACUUGCCUCCAUUUGAUCAAGUUCUUAGGCCUACCCCCACCCCCACCCCUUCUCACUUGUCUCGCAGAAGCUGGACUCCCCGUCCUCCCUCGCUGGCAGGUCCAGAGCCCUGGACUGUUGAGGCGGCACAGCUUCUGUCAGCUGGGUUGGUUUACCAAGUGUCUUCGGAGGGGAUGAGUUAGAGUCCUGGCCUGGGGAGAGGGUGCCUCCCCGGGUUUGAUCUUUUAGGGUCCAGCUUUCUGCAGGGAAGAUGUUUUACAGAUGUGUCAAGCUGAUGUUGUAAUAUGGUUGGGGAAGGAACUCCAGACCCAACGUGUUUGCCAGCUGGGUGUGCGACUCUGGGAUCCUCUGUCUUGAAAUCAUUUCUUUCUCCUGGGAAACAAGGUGAGGUAUUUUUAUCGUUUGUAAAAAUAUAAAGCUAUGUUCUUUCAGUUGGGUGAUUCUCUAUGCUCACUGUUUUCUCCCAAGUGCUUUUAAUAUGUAUUAAUCAAAUGGUGUAAAUAAGGGCAUACUUUUCUUCCUCUUUUUUCCCCCCUUUAUUCCUUUAUUGAUGCUGCUAUUUUGAUACCUGGCCUCUAGUCAUGCUGUCGCCAAGCUGAAGAAAAAAGCCUGACUAUGGCCCUUGGUUCUGAAUCGCAGGAAUCAGAUGAGUACAGGCUUCAUGGCAGAGUGGAUCAGAGGCAGACAGUGGCGAGAGAAGGGGGUGUGACUCCUUGCAGGGUCCUUACUCUGCAUCCUUGGAGGUGGCCUUGGACCUUAUCCCUGGGCUCUCUGUUAGCACAUCUCCUGAGUGGCGUUGGGGAUCAACAAGGCACUGAAAGUCUUGUUUGUAGGCCUGUAAAGGACAAGAAUGGUUCACAGAGCUCAGGGUGGAACUAAUUGGCCUCUAUGGACUUGAGUGAAAUUAGGAUAAAUGGUACCUGAGGGAAUUUUUCCUUAAACAAGUCUGUGCCUUGUGUGGGUUAAUACAGGCAAAACAAAAUUUUUUGUAGAUAUAAAAGUCAUGCUGCUAAGCAGUUAUGAUUUAAGAGGUUUUAUUUCAGAGGGAUCAUCUUGAGGCCAGCUUUGCGCAAGCUUUUAGGGCCUUUGCAGUGUCCUUACCCCUGCUGCGCAUGGAGAAGAAUUAUAUGUAAACAAGUUCUUCAGAGUUUUCUUCGUUUGGGCCCUUUGGGUUAACAAACGAGAGGGUUUCCUAGAAGAAAAAGAAACUUUUGGUGACUGAGAUUUCUGUUUUGUCUUUAUGAAUUACCCUGUGUUCCUUCUCCAUUUCACUCCUGCCCUUCAUACCUUCAAUGUUCAUAAAAUAUCCGCUUCAGCUCAAAACUUUGAAAACUGAGAAACCCUUGUAUGUGUUGCUGUUCUGAGGUCUCUCCUGGAAAGUCCCCUAAGCCCCUGAGCUGUCUACAGUUUAACCAAAAAAAUGGUGUGGCAACAAAGAAGCAGAGAUUUUCGUGCAUUUCCUACUCUAAACUUAAAGUCUAUCCUGUUCAGAGUUGAAGGUCAAUUUCUGUUAAGGGGGGAAUUUUCUGAAGAGAGUUUUCCCCCUCUUAAUUACUGGAUACGUAGAAGUAAUUUGCCUUCUUCUCAAGGCAGUUCUGACAAGCAGAAUACAGGAAUGGCUUCCCUCAGGAAUGGCCUAAUUGGCAGCCCGAGGCCUUGUGUGAGGAUGCUGCUCACCUAGCUCUCGGCUUUUUGGGGAAGUGGCGGAAGUCCCUCCAUGUCACCCCGUGUGCAGAAGAGUCAUCAAGAUGAGGUGGAAGGGUGGGGGGCAAGUAUACUUGUCCAAUAUUGGUAACACAUUAUACCUGUUCAGGCUUAUAAAAAGAGGCAGAACUUACCCUCUCCCCACUCUCAAUUUUUUUAGGGAAGGGAGGGAGUAAAAUAAUAUGGUUUUGAGCAUAGACUCUAGGGGCACCUGGCUAGCUCAGUCGGGGAAGCAUGCCACUCUUGAUCUCAGGUUAUAAGUUCGAGACCCAUGUUGGGUGAAGAGAUUACUUAACAAUAAAAUCCUAAAAAUUAACAAACAGAAUCUUCGUAUUUGAUGAGAAACAAAACAGUUUUAAGAAAUGGGCAGGUUAUGGGGGCGCCUGGGUGGCUUAGUGGGUUGAGCCUCUGCCUUCUGCUCAGGUCAUAGUCUUGGGGUCCUGGGAUCGAUCCCCGCAUUGAGCUCUCUGUUCAGCAGGGAACCUGCUUCCCCCUCCCUCUCUGCUACUUGUGAUCUCUCUCUAUAUAUAUCAAAUAAAUAAAUAAAAUCUUUAAAAAAAAAAAAAGAAGUGGGCAGGUUUGGGCUCAUUUUCUAAGGAUAAGAAUAGUAAUGUUUGUCCAGUCCAUUCUAAGAGGGCCUCAGUCUCCGUGGUCUCCUUUAAUCAUUACUUAGUCCUGUCAAGUAGAUGUUAAAGCUUCAUUUUUCGGAAAAUCUGGGCUUAGAACAGUUACCUGCUGGUCAGUAGGUAGUUGGUUUUGCAACUCAGUUUCGCUGCCUCAGCACAGCCUGGUGCCCAAGAACCAAUUUAUGGGUUUAUUGCCUGGGGCGUGUCCCCACUGGGUCAAGAGAACCUCGGGGUAGGGUCAGCAAGUCAGGAACUCUUCAGGGUUUGUUUUCAAAAUUGUUUUAGAAAGGGAACAAAAGAGGAUCUAACCAGAUGACUUUUAUAAAAAUCCUUUCACUUUCUCCCUCCCCAUUUGAAAACUCUUUAGAGUGAGCGUGGCUGGAACACAACUGUGUCCAGCCAUUUUCCCAUCACACAUGUUUCCAGAUGUGUGACCAGAAGAGGGACUUUGCCCAGUUCUAGUUGUGGCUCCCUUUAGAGUUUACCUCACUUGUUUUUCAGCUCUCCAUUUUCUCAUCCCUUCUUCCCAAACCCAGCUUAGGCCUCUGUGUAGGAGCAGUUCGUUUUUUAAAAAACUGUCAGUCUCGGGGCGCCUGGGUGGCUCAGUGGUUUGGGCUGCUGCCUUCAGCUCGGGUCAUGAUCUCAGGGUCCUGGGAUCGAGCCCCGCAUCGGGCUCUCUGCUCCGCAGGAAGCCUGCUUCCCUCUCUCUCUCUCUCUCUCUCUCUGCCUGCCUCUCUGCCUACUUGUGAUCUCUGUCUGUCAAAUAAAUAAAUAAAAUCUUUAAAAAAAAAACAAAAACAAAAAACUGUCAGUCUCCUUCGCUGCCACUGAUGGCCUCACUCAUUUUAAUAUAGUCUGGGAUGAGAGUUUGUUCCUUAACCAGUGGCUUCCAUAAUGAACAUUAUUUAAAAGCCCAAAGCAAAUGUUCAUUUUUCACCUAAUCCUUGCCUGCAGGAGGUGGCCAAGUUGUAGGGGAAAGAGCCAGAGCUCUCUGGUUGCAUGAAGAGAAGUGAUCAUGACUUUUUGAGAAUCAGUUCUUAAUCAGAAGGGUCUUUUAGGCUUUUGAGCUCUCCUAGUGAUGGAGGAGAAACUCUCCUGAGUUCACAAGUUCACACUCAUCCCUAAGUGGUAACCCAUCCCUAACUAAAACUUGUCAAAGGAAAGCAAUGCAGAAUGUGCUUUAGAUGGCAUUUCCCCCCUUUUUUAAAAUUUUAAAUUUGGGUUAACAUACAGUGCAGUAUUGGUUUAAGUGGCAUUUUAGAUUGGGAUUCUUUCUGUGUUUGGAGCUAUGCAUGUUGUACACAGCGCCGACAGGUGUUGGGACCAGGAGGCCAGGAAGGGGCCAGUGCUUAUGGGGAUGACCCUGUAGCGAAUGAAAAAUGGGAGGCUCUGGAUAUAAUGCCGUGUCACCAUCAGCAUGCGUCUCCCCAGCCUCCCCACCCCCAGUCUCCCGAUAUCUUCCCAAAGAAGCAGCUUCCACAAAAGCAUCUCCAAGAAGAUGGACAGGUGCUCCCCUGUUGUGCACCACACCCAAGUCGGCCCACCCUUGGACACAGUAUGGUUUUAUGCGCUGGCCUUGGUGAGAAACUAUCCAGCCAGCUUGUCUCUCAUCCAGGUCCCUUAGUGUCUGGUUUCCCUGCCCUGCAUAAUUUAAGCAUUAGAGCUAAGUACAUCUGUCAUUUUCCUCUCUCCAGAGACUGGGAAAUGUCCAGAGCUUUUCAGAAGAGCGGAGAGAAUAAAUAUUAUGUAACUCCUAGAGUUAGGCCUGGAACCGUCCAGACAUGGUGGGACUGGGGCUGAGCUGGAUACCACUCCCCCUCCACUUUGUGUGUCUUUUAGUCGGCGUGGAUCCAAGCGUGAGCUCCAGCUGCAGACACCUGAGCAGAGAAGGGAAACCAGAUUAGAGUCAGACAGAAACUGGGGAGUCAGGCCAUCAGGGUGUGCCAAACUUUAUUUACAUUUCCUCACAACAGCUCUGUGGGAUAGAGGAGGUCACCCUGUGAAGCCACCUUUACUCAAAGAUCAGCUGUGUCCCAGCCUCCAAACUCUAGCCCCUCAGGACACUUUUGGCCCUUUCAGGAUCAAGCUCUUGCCCACAAGAAUUCAUGACAGGCUCAGACAGACACAAGGCAUUCCCAAGCCCCUAGUCUCAUCAUGACCGGCAACUUUGCCCCCAAAUUACUUCUCAUAGUGUCCCCCCUCAGAAACAUGCCAGCUGUGAUCUCUUCCCUUUCUCCUGCAGAAAGGUCAGUAACAGGUGCCUAGGCUGGGGGAGCAGACUGGAGGGCAGAGCUAAGCCAGCAACUCCUGCUCAGCCUCUUCCCUGCCCAGGGAUAGGCCUUGGGAUAGCUGCUGUGCAUCUUCAGGGAACCAGGGAAGGUCCUGACAGGCAGAGGGAGACGGAUACCUGUCCCAACCGCGCAUGUGUGCUGUUCUAAUAUGUGUUCGGUGCAGAAUGUUGAUGGUUACUUAAUGUACUACAAACUUGUAAAGACUUCUGCCAUGUAAAGAAUGUAUGUAAAUUAAAGUUUUAUGUAAUGAAAGCUCUUACUUUUGCAAUUAAAAUUGUGCAUGUUGGUUGAUAAGAA